CGGUGACGCUUUCUCACUGUACACGGGGGCUGGAAAUAAAAAAGACCGACACACACUCCUCCCACCAUUCAUUCAGUACGCUACAUUGAGUUACCCUGUUGGUUUAUGUAUCGCUGCCUACACGGAGACGAGGAAGCACGCUUAAUCUACAGAUGGGACGAAAAAACACAGAGGACGGAGUAACUGAAAAUAGCUAGACCGAAGCCACUGACACCGUCCGUACUCACCCUGCUCCUUUCUCCUUUGUUUUCGAUGUAAAACUUCGUCUCUGUCAGCAUUUACGUUACCGACCACCCACCUCUCACACGUUACCUUUGACAAGGGUUGUUCCCGUUUGACUCUCGGGGGAGGCAUUUCACUGGAGAGAAAGGAAAAGAAAAGCCUCAACUUUACUGUGUGCCGCAAAGCUAACUCUGAAAUCAAAGAAAAGUGGUAGCAGACUUCAGACAGGACACUUCGUAGUCAGUGGGAUGUUAGAGCUCUGGAAGCAGGACUGACUGAAGGAGCAUGGUGAAACACCAACCCCUCCAGGUCUAUGAGCGCCAGCUGUGUUUGUCAUGUAUCACUGGGAUCUACGGUUGCCGCUGGAAACGCUAUCAACGUUCCCAUGAUGACACCACCAAGUGGGAGCUGCUGUGGUCCUUCAUCCUCCUCUUUACCUUCUGUCUGCUGCUGGUCUGGUUCUACUUCUGGUGGGAGGCACAUAACGACUACAAUGAGUUCAACUGGUUCCUCUACAACCGCUCUGGGGAGUGGAGUGAUGGCACUGUUCCCAUCCUGGCCACCACCGCUGCUGGCUUCACCUACAUCGCAUUUUUAAUGGUUUUAGCACUUUGCCACAUUGCACUUGGGCAACAGUUGAAUUUACACUGGCUCCAUAAGAUAGGAGUGGCUGCUGCUCUGUUCACCACCAUUGUCGGGGUGAUAUCUGUCAAUCAAACAUGGGGGCAAGAGUGGGAUGUCAUCCCCAUCUCCCUGCAGGCCACAGGUCCGUUCCUGCACAUAGGGGCUCUCGCUGCGGUCACAGCGUUGUCUUGGAUUGUGGCUGGACAGGUCGCCCGCACAGAAAAAACAAUGUUUCAGGUAGUGGUCGUGCUGCUUUAUCUCAGUGUGUUACUGGGACUCUACGUGGUGCCCAUGUACAUCACCUCCCCCUGCAUCAUGGACCCCACCACCCUCAAACAACGCCCUGAUGUCAUUGGCCACCAGGGAGCCCCCAUGCUUGCUCCAGAGAACACACUAUGGUCCUUCCAGCGAGCUCUGCAGAUGAAUGUCACUGGGUUUGAGGCUGACGUGGCUAUCAGCGUGGAUGGAGUACCUUUUCUGAUGCACGACCGCACCCUGCGGAGGACCACUGAUGUGGAGAAGGUCUUCCCAGACAGACAAAUGGAAGACGCCUCAUUCUUCAACUGGACAGAUCUGCAACAACUCAACGCAGGACAGUGGUUCCUCAAGGUAGUUGUUGGUUUUCACCGGAGCAGGGUCUGGUACAAGAUGGCUUUCUAUCAUAACAGCACGGUGGUUUUCCGGCUGAGGAGACCUCCUCCAGAGCACCCCUGCUACCACAGCUGGGUCAAUGAUACGCUGCAGGCUGUGCAACAAUCUGGGGUUCCUCAGGGUCUGGUGAUGUGGACUCCAGAUGAACACAGAGCUCAGGUAAGACAGCUGGCACCCGGUCUGAUCCAGACCUCAGUGGAGAAACGGAGUCCUCAAUUUCUCCAUCAGUACGGCAUCAGCCGGCUGCUGCUCAGAUACAACCAGGCCAGCCCUCAGGAAAUCAGAAACUUCUCCCAGAGCAACAUCAACCUCACCCUUUACACCAUCAAUGAGCCCUGGCUGUACUCAGUGCUCUGGUGCAGUGGGGUGUCUUCAGUCUCCUCAGAGGCCUCGCAUAUCCUGAAAAAGGUGCCUUACCCCAUCUGGCUCAUGAGACCAGAUGAAUACUGCCUGAUGUGGGUGUCUGUGGACCUCCUCUCCUUUGCUGUAGUCAUAGGAAUAUUCAUUUUCCAGAACUAUCACAUGAUCAGGUAUCGGAUGAGCGGGAUGCGCAGCUACAACCCUGAACAGAUCAUGCUGAGCGCCGCAGUCAGGAGGUCGAGCAGAGACCUCAACGUCAUGAAGGAGAAACUUAUCUUCUCUGAGGUGGGGAAUGGAGUCGGCAGUGCUGAGGAGCUGUACGCGGACAAUGGCUACGACUACUACACCAAUCAGGGCAUUAGCCAAUGAUCGGGACUGAGCCUGAGUGAAUCUGCUGUAGCGAGAUGGAGACGACAACGCUCUGUGUUCACAUCAUUCCUGUUCUAGUCUGUGUAAUGUCUGAUCUCCUCCUCCUGUCCUAGUGAAUAACAGUGAAUAACAGUUCCUACUGCUGUAUCGGAUGGAGAAAAACAACCACCCAGUUAAUUUGUGUACAUUCUGUAAAUAGUUUUGUGUUUUGCUUUUCGGACAUGCUGUUUAUCACCCAGGACUGCACGCACUUUUUAUUAAUGGAAUUUGCCAAAUCUGUGGACUCGUCUCUCACACCCGAGAGGCCCCUCUGAGUUACCAAGGCCUGCUUCUUUUAAAGAGGUUUCCAGAUUCUUUAUUAUUUUAAGCUAAUUUUCCAAAGCAGUUCCUUGUUUUUAACCACUGUACAUGAUAUUCUUCUCUCCUAGCAGGUGAAUUUCCUUUAUAAAGAGGCUUUUUACAAGGCUUUAUUGCAGCAAUAGACUAAACGCUACCGCUCAUUAUGCUCUUGCCUCCUGUCAGCACGCCAUUGUGCGGUUGUUCUUAAUAGUACUAACAUUAAUAUUUAUAUUUAAAGAGAGAAACGAAAAACAUGAACACGCCGUUUACACAAUCCUGCCUUUUCUUCCAAGUGAAAUAUUCACAAGGUGUAUGUAAGAUAAUUAUUUCGAUAAAUGCUGAAUGCCCCCCCACACCUCCCUGCCCUACUUUUGACCAGUGUAUGUAACCAUGAUGAUCAUGCUGACUGAUAUCUGUGAGCUGUGCUCCCAGAGCACCAGAAGAACAGGUGAAAACGGUUUGGGGAUGAGGAGUUGUGCUGUCUGUUUAUGGUUCAUGUGAAUGUGUUUGGACAGUUUUCUUUUCUUUUUUUUUAAAGAUGUGAACGGUGUAUUGUGUGUAUUCUGGCUGGGUAUAUUUUUUUUACCCCGUGUGCAGUGCUAUGUUGAGUGUGUUAUUGUACAUAAAAGGUGAACCAGUGUGUGAGAUGCUCCAGCCAACUAAGCAUUACAUUUGAACAACGUGACUGAUGAGUAAUAAUUACAAUAGCAAUAGCCUGGUCAAGAUGGAAGUCAUUUGCCUUCCUACACAGCCUCUGAAUUGCAGUUACCUCUGUGGUAUUUAAGUGUUGACAGACAACAUGCAUCUAAAUGUUGGUUGCUGGUGUAAAACUGACUGCUGUAAGGUAAAUGAAGUAGGUGCUAAAUGUGAAAAUAAAGCUCUAAGCUAAUUGAAGGGACGCUACAGGUAACACAGGGUCAAUAAACUGAUUGCCUUUUGUGUUUUCUUUUUGUAUUACUGUGCCUCAGAAAUAAAAAUUAAA